CAAGAGUGAUACCUUCUCUGCAAGCUCUAAGCAAUCCAAGGGCAAAUUCCCAACUCCACGGGCCAUCACCACCAUCUACAAGGAAAGAGAAAGGGGAGCGACCCAACCAGCAAAAAAGGGGGGAGAGAGAGAGGGAGGAGAAAGAGAGAGAUGCAGUAGCAGAAGCAGCAAGGGGGACCGACCCAAUUUAGUUAACUCCCCUUCUCCUCCGUACCCUUCAUUUUUCUUUCCGUUCUUUCCCUUCAUUCACCAGAGAGCGACAGAGUGUGUGUGAGAGACAGGGGGUGGGGGAGGGAAAAUGACCUCUUUUUUAAUGGCUUAAUAGUGCUUCAGAUCGUCUCUUUCCCCCCAUUUGGGGGAUCCAACGCGUCACCCCCUCUCUGAUCUGAAACGGCCUUUUAGUACGGCAAUCUAGCGAUCCAUUACCUUCAGUCCAAGCUCUAGAUCUUUUCCAGCUAGUUUUUUCACUGUUCAACUAGUAGGGUAGAGGCAGAGAGAAAGAGGGCGGGGUGGUUGAUUGGUUGGUUUUCUGAGAUGGACGACUUGUCGCGUUAUGCGCACAGUCCAGCGCACAUUGCGGUGCUCCGGCGGGACCAUGCUGCCCUCCGGCGCAUCGUGGCGGCUUUGCCUCGGCUGCCGGAGGCUGGGGAGGUGACGACGGAGGCGGAGUCUUUGGCGGCGGAGCUCCGGGCUGACGCGGUUUCUGCGGUACUGGACGUCCGUGAGGGGAUCCCUGGUCGGGAGACGCCGCUGCACGUUGCCGUUCGUCUGGGAGACGCCGUGGCCGCCGACGUUCUGAUGGCAGCGGGUGCCGACUGGAGCCUGCAGAACGACCGAGGUUGGAGCUCGCUCCAGGAAGCGGUCUGCUCGCGCCAGGACGCCGUCGCGGCGGCAAUCGCCCGCCACUACCAGCCUCUUGCCUGGGCUAAGUGGUGCCGACGCCUGCCCAGGCUAGUCGCCACUGCCAGCCGGAUGCGGGACUUCUACAUGGAGAUUUCCUUUCAUUUCGAGAGCUCCGUCAUCCCCUUUAUCGGCCGGAUCGCCCCUUCCGACACCUACCGGAUCUGGAAACGCGGUGCCAACCUCCGGGCGGACAUGACCCUUGCCGGAUUCGACGGUUUCCGCAUCCAGCGGUCUGACCAGAGCUUCAUCUUCUUUGGCGAGGGCGACUCUUCUGGCCGGAUCCCCGCCGGCGCUCUUAUCGUGCUCGCUCACCGCGAGAAGGAGGUUGCCAACGCGCUUGAGGGUGCGGGGGCGCGGCCCAGCGAGUCGGAGGUGGCCCGAGAGGUGGCUCUCAUGGCGCAGACCAACAUGUACCGUCCAGGGAUCGAUGUGACGAAGGCAGAGCUUGUACCUCAUCUCAACUGGCGGAGACAGGACCGAACAGAAGCCGUCGGGCCGUGGAAAGCAAAGGUCUACGAGAUGCACCACGUCACGGUGAGCGUCAAGUCAAGGAAGGUUCCCGGAGCCAUGACAGACGAGGAGCUUUUUGCAGCCGCAGCCGAGGAGGAGGAGGGGGCAGGCGGCGCGCCGGAGGAUCUUCUUACUGCAGAAGAGAGGAUGCAACUCGACUCGGCAUUGAGGGCAGGGGGGAAUUCAGACAAUGAGGAGUGGGAUGGCAAUGGUGGUGUUGGCAACGAAGCUGCAGGUAAAGAGAGGAAGGGAUGGUUCGGUGGAUGGAACGGGAAGAAGCCGGAGGAAGGGGAUCGUGCAGCGGCGGGAAAGAAAGCUGUGGACUCAAGGAAGGCAGCGAGCAGCACAAAGACCGCGACGACGAAGAAGAAGAAGACUGGUGGUGGUGGACUGGGAGAUGGGAAAAAUGAGAGCGAGUACAGGAAAGGAUUGCGGCCGGUCCUGUGGUUGACGGAGGAUUUCCCUUUGAAGACGGAAGAGCUGUUACCCUUGCUCGAUAUUUUGGCGAACAAAGUGAAGGCCGUGAGGAGGCUGAGGGAGCUCUUGACCACCAAAUUGCCGCCGGGAACUUUCCCCGUCAAGGUUGCUAUUCCUAUUGUGCCUACCAUCAGGGUUCUGGUCACGUUUACAAAAUUUGAGGAACUUCAGCCAUUGGAGGAGUUCUCCACUCCGCUCUCUAGCCCUGCUUAUUUUCAGGAUUCCAAGACAAAGGAUUUGGAGCCUUCAUCUUCGUGGAUUUCAUGGAUGAGAGGAAGUCGACCAAACAGCACUUCUGCAUCCACCGAAUGCCAAUCAAGAGAUGACGUUGAUCCAUUUCUCAUACCAGCUGACUAUAGCUGGGUGGAUGCUAAAGAGAAAAAACGAAGAAUGAAAGCUAAGAAGGCCAAGAACAAGAAAGGAAAGAAGCAGGUAUCCAGGAAUUCCGAGGUUCAGCAAACAAGCGAUCUUGAAGACUAGGCCCGUUCAACAGCUCGAGCGUUAAUUUGUCUUUGAAGAAUGCUGAAACAAAAGCAUCGGAAGACUGUCAUCGACUGAAGAUUUAAGUCCUUCGAUCGAGAGCUCAAGUUAGGAGGUGAUUCUGCUCCAACCUUGCGAUAUCACUUAGUUUCAGAAUCAUGUUUCACGACUUGUCUGCCAACUCUUUUAGCUGCUCAUGCUCCUCGCCUUAUAACUUGAUGCCAAAGCGCCAUAUGCAACAAAAUGUAAUUUCUGUUUGACGACCAUGGCUAUAGCACAAGUCCAUGUCAUGUGAGAUGGACAAACUGUUACACAUUGAUGUAACAUCAUUUUAUUUUAUGAAAAAGAGUGUAGGCCGUUCAUCCGGAGUCAUGAUGUAUGCUAGCCAUCCAUUUGUCUGUCGUUGCAUUUGUAUUCUAGUGUACAACCCUAAUGAGGGCCCCGUCUUUUUCAGAAUGUUUAAAUCUUUAGUACAAAUCGGUACCUCUUCUUGAUUAUGGCAGCUUGAUUGUUUUCAUUUUUUAUUAUUAUUCUUGAGAAAUAAUAUGAAAAAGAUGUUUCUGCA